AUGGCUCACAUUGCUAUUCCGUACUUCACUCGGGCUUCUUUCAUUGGUUCCGCGGACGGAACGCCGGGCUCCCUUCACGAUGAGAUUGAAUGCUACAAUCUGCCUUACGGCGGCCUUGGAUUUCUCUCCAAUGUUCUCACCUACUUAAACAUCCUAUUGGUGGCUGCCGGCGUCAGUCCUCUCAAAAUCUUCACGGGAGGCUUCAUUUGUUCCAAGAGCAGUCGGGUCUCAGCAUGCUGGGCCGCCCCUAUCUUACCGGUGGCCAGCCUACUGUUCACCGUUCCGAUCGCUAUAUACACGACGUAUAGCUGUCGGAGAAGCUGGGAGCUUGUGCUCAUUGCUAUCUGGAGGACUACCCUCACCUUGACCGUCAAUCUGAUGGAGAUUCAUUGUUGGCGUGCUAUGGGGAACUGGGAGAAGUCUGCAAGGCGCGACGUCGAAACCGCCCAGGCCGGUCUCCAAAGCGGUGAAGAUUACGAAAUGUAUGGAUACGAGGCAAGAGAUCGCCCGGGUCGAACGGCAAAUGAGAUAACCGUGACUCCGAAAAGGAAAGGCCGAGGGUACAUGAAAGAAACGGCUAAGACACUACUCUGGGCUCUCAUUUAUUGUUUGGGUAUCGUUGUCGGAACCAUCGGACUUUUAUCUCUUGUGGUAAAGACGUUCAACUCCUCUCGUAAUGUGAAGAUUGUUACUGGGGUUUUCAUCGGCGUCUUAGGAAUAGGUGUUCUUUGCGCUCUAGUUAUCGGAGGUUUUGCGGCGGUCAGAGUCGGAGCACCCGUGAUCGCUUUGGGGUCGACAAUUUCCGGCGUCGCGGGAUUGAUCCUUGGCUUGGAACUCUUGGUUGCUGUUUGUGGAGAUUUCAUCCUUGCGGCAAUUGCGGACAAUUGGUCGGGUGUGCCUGGAAGCAGCCAUCCUUAUAUCUACUGGAUAUAUUUCGCAGCCAAGCGGCUUCCAAUGUUCUUUCCCUAG